GUGUAAAGGGAGAUGAGGGAGCAUAUAAACUUAGCGUCAGCAACUCAGCAGGCAGUGAGAAUGCAAUCAUUCACGUCCAGGUUCUUGAUCGUCCCAGCCCACCUCAAGGUCCUCUAGACACUCUCGACAUGGACAGCACCUUUGUCACUCUCUCCUGGCACCCGCCAUCAGACGACGGAGGAAGCCGCGUCACACACUACGUCAUCGAGAAGCGCGACACAAAGCGAACGUCUUGGGCACGUCUACCGGUCAACAUCACCGAUACCACCUACAAAGUCCAGAAUCUGAUGGAGAAGGCAGAGUAUGUCUUCAGGGUGAUUGCCAUCAAUAAGAUUGGCGAGAGCGAACCAUUGGAGGGAACGGAAAGGAUUUUGAUGAAGAGCAAAUACGACGUCCCAGGUGCCCCCAGCACUCCUCAGGUCACCGACACCACGGCAGACUCGGUCAGUCUCUCCUGGCUCCCACCAUCAACCACUGGCGGAGCAGAGAUCAUCGGUUACAUCAUCGAGAAGAAAGACCGCACCAGCAUCUACUGGACUAAAGUGGCGACCCUCGGCGGAGACGAGACGUCUUGCAUCAUCACCAGACUCACGCGGGGUGGGGAGUAUGAGUUCAGGAUCGUGGCUGAGAAUAGAGUGGGCGUCGGAGCUCCUAGUGAACCUUCCAUCAGAGUGAAGGCAGAAGAGGCUGCAGUAACCCCUAAGCUUGGAGAAGUCAAAGAACCCAUCACAGCCAAAGUAGGCACCACUGUCAGAGUAGAAGUACCAUACACCGGCUUCCCUGUGCCACGCACCACAUGGACAAGAGAGGGCGCUUCACUACCAUCAUCGCAUCGCAUGAAGGUUGAGACAACAGACCGCUCAGUCGCCAUGAUCAUCAAGAACUGCGAGAGAUCUGACGCAGGGAACUACACCGUCGCCGUCAAAAACGACGCCGGUAGCGACUCGGCCAAGAUCGAAAUCAAGAUCUUUGACAAGCCCAGCCCGCCACGCGGACCCUUAGAACAAACCGACGUGACUGAGAAUGCAGUCACUCUUUCCUGGCGCCCGCCUCAAGAUGACGGAGGUAGCCGAAUCUUCAACUACAUCGUGGAGAAACAGGGAGAGCUUGACUACAAGUGGAAGCCAGUGACGGAGAAUAACAUCACUGAUUUGACCUACCGAGUGACCGGGUUGAAGGAAUAUAAGAGAUAUCAGUUCAGAGUGAUGGCUGUGAAUCAGUUUGGUACGAGUGAACCAUUGGAGGGACAGGCAGUGACACCCAAGGGACAAUACAAUGUUCCUGAUGCCCCAGAUGCUCCAGACGUUUCCAACAUCACCGUUGACUCCAUGACCCUAUCCUGGAGCCCUCCUCUGCAUGACGGUGGGGCACCAGUUAGCGGCUAUGUAGUCGAGAUGAGACAGACUACCAGUCCACGCUGGGUCAAGGCGACACUCACACCGAUCCCUGACACUACAUUCAAAGUUGGUCGAUUGCUGAGAGGCAGUGAGUAUGAGUUCCGAGUUUCUGCCGUCAACCGAGCAGGAACUGGUAACCCCAGCGAGCCUUCACAGAGUGUCAUUGCUGAAAACCCACCAGUCCCUCCGAAACUGGACCUAGACCUCAAGUACCAACGUGUGAUCACAGUCCGGGCCGGUACCUCCUUCCGUAUGGAAGUCCCCUAUAAGGGCACGCCGGUACCCACCAUCAAAUGGACACACAACUCCAAACCCAUCGACCGUACCAUACGGGUCAGCAUAGACACCAGUGACUUUGUGACUGUCCUGAACACGAGGAACUCUGAGAGAGGAGAUAGUGGUGAUUACGUGAUCACUGCUACUAAUAAAUCGGGUGAAGCUUCAGCGACUGUGACAGUCAAGGUGUUUGAUAGGCCAGGGCCACCUGAAGGACCUUUGCAGGUCAUUCGUCUUGGCAGCAACGAUGUCACUCUCUCAUGGAGCCCGCCCUCAGACGACGGUGGCAGCCAGAUCAUCGGUUACAUCUUAGAGAAGCGCGAGGGCAGCAUGCGCAUGUGGACUAAAGUAUCUGCAGCCUUGACGGAAUGCAUGCACCGUGUCCCUGGACUGACUGAAGGGAGCGAGUAUCAGUUCCGAGUCCGAGCCGAGAACAAGUCUGGUGUCAGUGAGCCACUGGAGGGAGAGAAGGUUGUGCCUAAAGGAGAUUACGAGGUACCAGGCAAGCCGGGACCAGUCAACGUUGCCAGUAUCCAUGGCGACUCCGUCUCCCUCAACUGGUCGCCCCCAUCCAAAGAUGGAGGAGCACCAAUCAGCGGUUACAUCAUCGAGAAACGAGACAAGUCUAGCGAUACUUGGAGUAGAGUCAACGCGGCACCCGUCACCGACAGCAGUCAUAAAGUACCUAGGCUCAUCCAUGGGACAGAGUACGAGUUCCGUGUUAGUGCGCUGAAUAAGGCGGGAGUCGGGGAACCAGCUUUGACUCCGGGACGAGUCUUGGUGGAAAGACCUGCUGCUGCCCCUAAACUUGAGCUUGGAGCCUUGUACCACGACACCGUCACGGUCCGUGCUGGAUCCAACCUCCAUUUGGACAUGCCCUGCCGAGGCAAACCUACCCCAACGGUCACUUGGACAAAAGAUGGCUCAGACCUGGCAAUAGAUGCUAUCAGAAUCCGAGCAGCGACUAGCGAGUUUGCUACCAAUCUGACUGUUAAGAACACUGGGAAGGAUGACGCAGGGACAUACGUACUGACAGCGACAAAUAAAGCAGGGUCUGACAGUGGUACCAUUAAAGUGGUAGUUUUAGACAAACCCGGCCCACCAGAGGGUCCUCUGAACACAAGUGACAUUACCAAGGAUUCUGUCACGCUGUCAUGGCAACCACCAACCGACGACGGAGGCAGCCAAGUCACCAAUUACAUCCUGGAGAAGCGCGAAGCAGAACGUCUGACAUGGACGCGCGUGUCUGCGACGGUCAGAGGAACGCGCUACACAGUGACUGGACUGAUCGACGGUACGAAGUACAUGUUCAGAGUCAGAGCCGAGAACAAGUACGGACAGAGUGAGCCACUGAAUAGCACCGAUGCUGUGCUGGUCAAGAGUCCAUUUGAUGUCCCUGAUGCACCUGGCAUCCCAGAGAUCUCAGGCGUCACCGACACUACCAUGACUGUCUCCUGGAAACCGCCUCGUAGCGACGGAGGCUCCGAGAUUACCGGCUACGUCUUAGAGAUGAAGGAGACGUCUGGCAUCCGCUGGAUGCGAGCAACCAGGAAGGUCCUGAAGGAAUCCAACUUUACCGUGACCGGUCUGGUCAAGGGGAGGGACUAUGAGUUCCAAGUAGCUGCUGAGAAUGAGGUGGGAGUGGGACCCAUGAGCAGGAACUCAGCGCCAGCCACUGCAAAGACACCUGCUGAAACGGCCGAGUUCACUGAACCCCUGACAGACAUCUCAGCCAAGGUUGGCAAGACCGUCACCCUAGAGUGCCGCAUCUCCAACGCCAAAGCCGAGGUGAAGUGGUUCAUGGACGGAGUUCAGAUCUUUGCCGUAGACAGACACAGUAUCAUCAGGGAGGGACAGCGUAGAGCUCUUGCGAUCAGAGACGUUGGACCCAGAGAUAUCGGAAAGUACUCAUGUAAAUGUGGGGACGCGUGCACAGAGGCUACAGUCAGGGUCAAAUCUGAACCAAAGAUCGACCUCUCUGACUACAAAGACGUCAUCACCGUCCGUGCUGGUAACAUCCUUCGCCUCUAUGUGCCUUUCACCGGGUGCCCAACACCGACCGCCGAGUGGUACCGUCACGACCGCCGCAUCAGUGAAGACAACCGAACUAAGAUUGAGAAACAAGAGAACAGGACUGAGUUGGUCAUCAAGAACACCAUCAGGUCUGAUACUGGGCAGUACUCGCUGACCGUCAGUAAUGAGGCUGGCAAACAUACGGCUAACAUCCAUGUCAUUGUUGUUGAUGUUCCUGGUCCACCCACUGGCCCUCUUGAGAUCUCCGACAUCGGCCGGUUCUCAGUCAGCCUCUCCUGGUCCCCACCACGAGAAGACGGUGGCUCCAAGAUUGAGUACUACACUGUGGAGAGACGAGAGAAAGGCCGUAAGAUGUGGACAGUGGCUACGACUUACGCAACUACCACGUCUUACACGGUGACGGGACUCAGUGAGAACAUGGAGUAUGAGUUCCGAGUGAGCGCUGAGAAUAUCAACGGAGUUGGUAGCCCUCUGGAAGGAUCACAGGCUGUGGUCUGCAAGAGCCUCUACUCUGUGCCAAGUGCACCAGGCAAACCAGAAGUCCACAACAUCUACCACGACCACAUGACACUGACGUGGACCGAGCCGCAACACGACGGCGGCAAACCCAUCACAGGCUACGUCCUCGAGGUCCGGGAAAACUUCAGCAGUCACUGGAAGCGCAUCAACAGGGAAGCCGUGUUGGACACCACGUACACGGUCAAGGGCUUGGUGGAAGGCCAUCAUUACGAAUUCCGGGUGACGGCUGAGAACUCCGUCGGGCUUGGCAAGCCUAGUCAACCGACGCAUCCACCCAGGAUUGCCAAAGACCCUGCAAGACGGCCAUCCCCACCCGGCUUCCCAGCCAUCAAAGACGUCACACCGACCUCGGUCAAGCUCAGCUGGACCGUGCCAUUCUCCGACGGGGGUCAGCCCAUCACCCACUACACAGUAGAGCGUAGGAGGAAGGGCUCCUAUGACUGGACAGACAAGAUGACCGCCCCUACUAACUCCUGUCAUGUUGAGAACCUGACUCCCAACGUGGAGUAUGUCUUCAGGGUUUGUGCUGUGAAUGCUGCUCAGAUGGAGAGCGAUCCUAGCAAAGCAUCAGAGGCAUUCGUCACAAAAGAAUCACUCCCUGGAGUACCACCAACAUUCACUGAGGAACCACACAAUGUGAUGGUUGCAGAGAAGAGCAAAGCUGAGUUUACCUGCAGAGUUGCGGGCACACCAACGCCACAAGUGGACUGGAUCCGUAAGGGAAGGGAGCUAUUCACCGGUCGCAAGUUCAGCAUAACAACAGACAAGGAUGGUCUACACAGAUUGACCAUACACGAAGCUAGGGAGAUGGAUAGUGGAAUGUACACGGCAGUGGCACAGAAUGAGAACGGGAAGGUCCGAGCAUCUGCAGAGCUCCACAUCAAAUCGCUGCCAUCACUCGACCUGGACCGCCGCAUGAGAGACUUCAACAUCCGUGCCGGCAGCACUCUCCACAUCACCAUCCCCUUCACCGGCACACCCAAACCCACCCUGAGGUGGAAGAAAGAAGACGGAGAAGUGAUGGAGACUAAAGGACGUUACCGCAUCGAUGCCUCGGGAGGCGAGGCCGACUUGACUAUCAGAGAGACAGAGAGAGAGGACAGCGGCAUCUACACCCUGGAAGCUGAGAAUGAGUUUGGAGUCCAGCAGGUCUCUGCUAAAGUGCAUGUCGUUGAUAAGCCAGGCCCUCCCACUGGCCCGAUCCACACUGUAGAAGUCAGCAAGAAGUCCAUCACAUUGUCGUGGCAACCACCGCUCGAUGACGGAGGAAGUCCCAUCCUACGUUACAUCAUAGAGAUGAGAGAAGCAAACAGAACUAUUUGGCAGAAUGCUGGCUCCGUGUCAUCAGCUACUGAGCAUACAGUCGGCGGUCUCAUGGAGGGCACUGCCUAUCUAUUCCGUGUCUCCGCUGAGAACCAAUAUGGCACCAGCGAGCCUCUGAUUGGGCGGGAGUCAGUCAUGGCAAAGGCUCCUUAUGAUGUUCCUAGUGCUCCAGGUAAGCCCACAGUGUCCGACAUCCAACGUCACUCUGUCCAUCUCCUAUGGGUGCCACCAGACUCAGACGGAGGCAGCCCAAUCACCAACUACAUCAUCGAGAAGAGAGAGACAACGAGUACACGAUGGUUCCGUGCAAACAGAGAAGAAGUGACAGGAAACAGUCACACGAUCAUCAAUCUCAUCGAGGACUCUGAGUAUGAGUUCCGUGUGAUCGCAGAGAACAAAGCUGGCUUCGGUCCGCCGAGUGCUUCCUCACAGAGAGUGGUGGUCAAGGAUCCAAGAGGAUCCAUCCCAGCCGCCUUCGUCCGUACUCCACACUCCAUCGCCGUCACCCAAGGCAGAGCAGGCACCUUGGAGUGCGAGGUAGCUGGCUACCCCUCUCCUCAAGUCUCCUGGUACCGUCUGGGCCGUGAGAUCCGUGACGGCAGGAAGUAUAAGAUCCGAGCCUGCGGUAACAUCCAUACGCUACAGAUCAGUGACGUCUAUGAUGAGGAUACUGGGGAGAUUACGGUUAAGGUCACGAACAAAGCUGGGUCGCAGACGGAGAAGGCUGAUGUCCAGAUACAAGUUGCUCCUAAAGUCAACGUACCGCCUCGCCUCCGCGUCCCACUUGACUGUCUUCAAGGUGAGAUCUUGAAGCUUCGCAUACCCUACUCUGGCAUCCCUCUACCCACCAUCGCUUGGGACCGUGACGGAGUGGACAUCAAACCCGCCGGUAACCUGGAGAUCAAGACUAGCGACAAGGAGACCACGCUGUCCAUCAAUAAGGUCACCAAGGAGGAUGCUGGGAAGUAUACCGUGGUGGCUACUAACGAGUUGGGAUACGAGUCAGCCAGCAUCAUCAUCAACAUCCUGAGGCAUCCCGAUCCACCUCGUAACCUGGAAGUCCUCGACGUUACCUCGGACACCGUCCGUCUCUCAUGGCAACCACCUCUCCAUGAUGGAGGUAGCACCAUCAUCAGCUACGUGGUCGAGAAGCGCGACGCUGGAUCCAACACCUGGGCUCGCUGCAUCACUAGCAGAAACUGCUUCCACACCAUCGUCGGGUUGAAGUCUGAGUCUGAGUAUCAGUUUAGAGUCUCAGCAAUGAAUUCCUAUGGUGCUAGUGAGCCUUGUGAGGCAUCCUCUGUCAUUGCAACUAAACCAUCAGCCUUGACUCGUCCAGAGCUAGAGGACUACGAAGCCAAACGUCGCUACUACGACUCCCUGGUUGAUCUGAGCUGGGUCCCAUCACGGUUUGACUACAUCAAGCGAUUCGGCUCUGUCUAUGAUUACUAUAACAUCUUUGAAGAACUCGGAAGAGGGUCAUAUGGUGUGGUCUACAGAGCCGUCGAGAAGGCGACAGGCAAAACGUUCGCCGCCAAGUUCCUGCGCUGCCAGGGUCACGAGAGAGACGUCGUCAAACGAGAAAUCGAUAUCAUGAAACGACUCCAUCACCCGGCAUUGCUGUCUCUUCAUGAGGUGUUUGAGAACGAUGAAGAGAUGAUUAUGAUCAUUGAAUUCUUGUCUGGGGGUGAGUUGUUUGAUCGUCUGGUCGAUGAGAGCCACAUCUUGACUGAGCCUGAAGUGGUUGACUACAUGAAGCAGAUCUGUGAAGGAAUCAGACACAUGCAUGAGAAACACGUCCUGCAUCUAGAUCUCAAGCCGGAGAACAUCAUGCUCCGUACGCGUACCGGCAAUGACGUGAAACUGAUUGACUUUGGUCUAGCCAGAGAACUUGAUCCUCAUGAGCAAGUGCGUGUCAUGUUCGGCACGCCAGAGUUCGUUGCCCCAGAGGUCGUGAACUUUGAACCCAUUGGUCUACCCUCAGACAUGUGGUCACUUGGAGUGCUGUCUUAUGUCAUGCUGAGUGGCAUUUCACCAUUCAUGGAAGAGUCCGACAUUGACAUCCUCAAGAGCGUAUCCAAAGGAGAAUGGGACUUUGACGAGGAAGCAUUCGCUGAUGUUUCUGAUGAAGGAUUGGAUUGGAUUGAGAAGAUUCUCAUCAAAGACAAGAACAAACGGAUGACAAUCCAAGAAGCCCUGGCCCAUCCAUGGCUCAAUAUGGACACAGAUACCCUCGCAAGAAGACGUGCCCGACGACUCAACUCCAGGCGUCUCAGAAAACUGCACGAGAAACGCAAGCCAGAGGGAGCUGGACAGACCAUCAAUGCACUUGGCCGCCUGGCUCAUGGGGGCGCUCUUCGUGAGAUUCACAAGGUCUACCGUGGCCAACCCCUACACGAGAGGGUAGUCUACAUGGAUGUGCGUGAUGCUGCCCCUAAGUUUGUAGUCCCUGUUGAGACAACCACAGCCAUCGAGGGCAAUGCAGCUCGCUUCGAGUGUGAAGUCUCAGCCCUGACCGAGCCCCUCAUUACCUGGUUCAAGGGUAAAACACCCCUCCAGAUUGGAAUCAAGUACAAGAUGCUGUAUGAUGAUCGCAAGUACACACUGGUCAUUCAGGACACCAACGUUGAUGAUGUAGGGGAGUACACCUGCAAAGCGGUGAACUCGUACGGAUCGGCAACGUCAGUGGCUUCACUGGACAUUGAACUACUUGAUGAAGAGGAGUUGGAGCGACGUGGAGAAAGACGAACCCUUGAAAUGAAGAGACAGAAGAUCCCUCUUGGUGAGCGUGCUCGUCGUCUACGCGCCAUGCAAGCUGAGAUGGGAGCUGACCAACCCCCACAGUUUGUCAAGACACUACAAGACAAGGAAUGUGGUCUAGGAUUCAUUCUACCACUCUCAUUUGAAGUGACCGUGCCACCAGAACCAACCAAGGUGAUCUGGUAUCUCAACGGUAAACAGCUGAAGGAAGGACCGCGCUACAAGUUCUACGUGGACAAUGGUACCUACACAUUGGAGAUCCAGGAAACAACACUUGAUGAUAUGGGUGAAUACUGCGCUGAAGUGACCAAUCAGACGGGAACGUCAAUCACAAAGUGCAAAGUGGCUGUAGAUGCCAAUUUCAUGGACAAGUAUGCAGGCUAUGUCAGACCGCGCUUUGUACAACGUCUACGCGAUAUCCUCAUCGUUGAGGGCAGUGCAGCAAGACUGGAAUGUAAAGUCACCGGUAUGCCGGAUCCAGAGAUUAGAUGGUUCAAGGACCACAAGGAGAUUGAAGAUGGCACCCAUUACUCUAUGGAGUUUGAUGAUGAGGACACAUGCACCCUGAUCCUGCAGGAUGUGUUCUUGACAGAUGCUGGAACCUACACCUGCCAAGCUUCUAACCUCCUUGGUCGUAUCUCCUGUGACUCACACGUCAAAGUUGAACGUUGUGGAGCCGAGAGUGAGCCAGGAUCGGAACUGUCAAGGGAAUCCAGUAUUGAAGACCUAGCUGCAAUCUCCAAACACAUCCCAGCCCGACGUCGUCUGAACUGCACUCCAUUCUUCAGUCUGCCACUCCGUCGCAAGAAAGUCGCCGAAAAUGACAGCGCUCGCCUCACCUGUGCCGUACAGGGCUACCCUGCGCCCAAAGUGGCCUGGACCAAGAACGGAAACCCAAUAUACGAUGGGUACUACUACAACAUUACCAACAGAUGGGGUGUAUGCACGCUGGAGGUGCGUAGUGCUAGGCUGAGUGAUACGGGAACCUACCGAUGCACAGCUACCAAUGAAGAGGGUCAGGAUAGCUCGGCAUGCGAGUUGGUUGUGGAAGAAAGAAUGGAGCCAGAUGAAACCUUCGACUACAUACGUCCAUCCUUCCACAAACCUGUACGAGGCAAACGUGUCAGGGAAGGCAGAACAGCACGUCUUGAGAUACAAGUAUCUGGAUAUCCUGAACCGCAAAUUGUCUGGUACAAAGACAACGUCCGCAUUGAUGAAGAUGAUCACAUCUCUAUUGAGAAGUAUGCCGGGGGAGCUCAGACCUUGGUUAUCACGGGAGUAACACCGACUGAUGCCGGGCGGUACAAAGCUGCGGCAAGUUCACCCGCUGGCAAGGCCUCCUGUGCUGCAGACCUGAUAAUCCUGGAAGUUGAGGCUGAUAUUGAAUCAGAAGAUGAAGGAGAAAUUGGCAGGGGAAGACGCCGAACUCGUCACAAACCAAAAGCAGAACCCAAGGAACCUAAACCACAUCGAAAACCACACAAGGUGCGUCCAGUUGCUGAGACCUUUGAGGAACGAAAGGCAAGAAGAAUCCAACAGAGAAUGGAGCAGCCUCUACUCUAUCGACCAUCUUCAGUACCUGUGAGAAGUCGCAGACGUUCCUACAGUCCAUCUUACAUCCCAGCGUUCGGACCUCCUCCUCUGUACAGUCCAACCACUGACGUGAGGAAACAGAAGCACUUGGCAGGAUACAAGCCAAUUCCUUAUUCCCGAACACCAACACCUGCUCGUGCCCAGUCAGUACCUGUACCUGUUUUCAGACGCUCUGUCUCGCAUCCUGGGGUAGAUGAUGGGUAUGGACCUACUUACAUCCCACAUUACGAGAUUCCGAAGAGGGGAAAAUAUGGAGAGUUCAAAACCCCAACUCCGUCCUAUGUGCCUCAUCACGCACUCCCUGGAAGUGCUGCUACACCUACGCCCCACGAUGAGCGAUACUUUGCUGCUGUGUUUGAAGAUUACAUGAGUGCCUCGGAAUACGAGUAUCAACUGAGAGAGAGGACUCCAUCCUUCCCACGGUCAAGAACACCAAGUGUGUCUAGGGCUAGAAGCACAACACCAUCACGAAGAAGAAGAACCCUAUCAUCAGACUAUGAAGAUUACUACGGAAGGCGGUUGAGCUACGAAGGAAAGAGAACCCGAAGUAUCACUCCAACAAGAGCAGGACGGAUAACACCCUCGGCACCUGAUUACGAAGCUUACAUGAAGCACCUAAAAGCCCUCAAGAAGCAAGCUCAAGCUUUCAGACCUAGUUCCGUUCCUGCGAGACAACUACCAGAGAUUUUCACACCAGUCUUUGAUGAAGAAGAAAGAAUUCGUCCUGUGCCCAAGAGGUAUCCUCAACCAGUCAGGGCCAAGUCGGUUCCUCCAAAAGAAGGUCGACCGAUCAAGAAAUCAGAAGCUGGUCGUUAUCACCUACCUUCAUUACGAGAGUUCAUCGGCAACAGGCCACAUCCCUUCAUGCCAAGAGAGAAGUCUACUCUUCCUGAACGAACACCGAGCAGAAUGUCGAGCACCUCUGAUUAUGAAGACCGCUCUCUGUCGUAUGACAGAAGGCCUCGAUAUGACUCACAGAGUUCAACAAGCUCCUACAGAGGUAGGUCAACAACUCCAACGGCCAGGUACGAUGCAAAGAGUACAACUCCAGCUUCUGACUAUGGAGAAAGAGACUACCGCCGUGUCUCUCUGGAACGUCCACCCCCUCCGAGCUUUAAGCAGAGGUCCAAAUCACCAGGUAUGUCAGCUAUUCCAAAGCGAAGUCGCACACCAACAACACCUGAGUAUGAGAGAUCCUUUGACACUUUCAGGCCAAGAUCUAUUUCACCUCAUGCUGCAGCUCCAAGACGAGGCACAACACCAACUUACUCUGACUCAGAGCACAGGCCUAGAGACUUCAGACUAUUAUCAACUGAUUCACUUGAGUCGUAUAGCUCAAGGUCACGUUCACCAGGCCUGAGACGUUCUGUGACACCUGUUGCAACUGACUCUGAACGUACACCAAGGGAAAUCAUGAUCAUUGAGAGAAUGAUGUCCUAUGAUUCUACCAGUGACAGACCUCUUACACCUGCCACAAGGAGAAGUGUGACACCAUCCUAUGAACAACGAGAGAGAGAAACCAAAAGAUCAACUGUGAGGAAGUCCUCAGCUUCACCCACAGUUUCUUCAGUUCCAAGACGUGGUAGCACUCCAACUUACCCUGAUCAAAGACAUAGAGACUAUCGCUUGUCAUCUUCUGACAGAGAAUCCUUUGAAGGUCACAGGCCAAGACCCAAGUCUCCAAAAAUAUCUACACAUAGACGAAGCACAACGCCAUCUUCUGAUGCUGAACGACAACAAAGAGACUACCGUUUGCUGUCAGUGGAUUCCAUUGAGUCAUUCAGUAGAAGGUCUUCGUCCCCUCUUCCUGGCCGUCCAAUCACACCAGUUGCCACCGAUUCUUUGCGUACCCCAAGAGAGAUUCGCAUUAUUGAGAAAUUGGCAUCCUAUGAUUCAACAAGAAAAAGUGGUAUGUCACCGAUCCUGGGAACAAGACGUACUGUAACUCCAUCUCUGCAUCUGCAGAGAGAUGUCAAGAGGCCAGUUUCCCCAAUGAAACCUUCAUCGGCAAUUUCAUCAGGCCAACGACGGAGUGUGACACCAACAUCGUCUGAGAAGUAUCGUAGAGAUUAUCAUGGGUCAUCCUCAUCAGAAAGAGAAACCUUUGAAACACACAGAAGACGACCUGUCUCACCAGAGGAGAAAAGACGCCAAAGACGAAGCGUUACACCAACGUCUUCUGAAUCCGAGCACAAGUACAGAGAUUCCCGCUUGUUGUCAACUGACUCGAUUGAGUCAUAUGGUGGCCGAUCUGCAUCACCCCAUUCUGGAAGACCAGUUACUCCAGUUGCCACUGAUUCACUGCGUACUCCCAGAGAGAUUCGCAUCAUUAACAAAUUGUCAACUUAUGAUACAUCCAGAGAGAGUGCCAUGUCACCCAUCCCAGGUACUAGACGCAGUGUGACACCCACAUAUGAGCGACGACAGAGAGACGACAGAAGACAUGUAAGUCCGAAGAUUUCUGCUUCCCCUGAGUUGUCAAGGAGUUCCUUGACAUCAAUUUCUGAUGUAACCCAGCGAUCAACCACAAGAAAGUCAUAUGCAUCUCCUAGACCAGCCUCUCCGAGAGAAGUCUCAUACCGUGACUCUCAGCGAGAACACACAGGCUACAGAAAAGUGGCAACUGAGAGCAAAUCCUACGAGACCCAUCUUGGACCUCGGCCUGCAUCACCACUCGCUGAGCGUCCAGUAACACCAAUCGCUACAAAUUCUCUGCGUACACCAAGAGAGAUCCGUAUUGUUGAGAGGAUGUCCCAAAGGGACAGGACCUCUCCUCAACCUGCACCAGCUGUGAGAACAUUUCAUACAUCUCCUCGACCUGCCUCCCCAAGAGAACCCUUGCCCCGUGAUUCUGGGCGAGAACGCACAGACUACAGAAAGCUGUCAACUGAGAGUGAAUCUUACAAAACCCAUCUAGAACCUCGGCCUGUAUCGCCACUUCCAGAGCGUCCUGUUACACCAGUUGGCACAGAUUCUCUACGUACAGCAAGAGAGAUCCGCAUCAUUGAAAGGAUGUCAACAAGAGAUAGAACUUCUGUACCACCUCCUCCCUCUUCUUCAAAACACAGAGAUUAUGGCGUAUCAACACAAAGCACAUCAAGUUAUUCAAGACCUGAGCGUAGAGAUUACCGUUCUUCAUACACCUCUUCCUCCCCAUCUUAUGACAGGUAUGAACCUCGCCUUUCAUAUAGGCAGAGAUCUUCGUCACCAGUGAGACGCUCAGUCUCACCAACAUCUGGAAGGUCUUCACCGCCAAUCUACUCAAGAAAAUCAAUUGAGGAUAGGGAUUUGUAUUCAUCAACCAGCAGGAAGUCUUACCGUGACAGCUACGAGUCAAGCCGUAGCCACCGGCAGAGAUCACUAUCACCGAAAGUUAUCACAACAGACUUUGACCAAGACUAUGCCUCAGCUGGUAAGCGAUAUGACAUUGAUAGAUCUUACAUGGAGGAUUCUUACAGAAAGGCACCCUCUGAAUCAAAGCUGUCACCAACUUCAGCCGAAGAUCGAUAUGACAGAAGCUUUGAUUCAUAUACCACUUCUUCAAAACAGAAAAGUUCGAAGCUUGGUGCCUUUGCCCCAGUCGGUGUAAGCAAGCCUGGCUCUGUCCCUAGAGCUGAACUACCUUUCAAAUUGGAAUCGGAUCUGCUGGAGGAAUCAGGUUCUGAUCACUCCAGCCCAGCAAGAUUCAUCCCUCUUGCUGACGAGGAAGGCAUAGAAGCCAUCUGCCUGGGCACACAAGAAAAGACUCCUGACAAGCCUGAAGAUGAAACAAAAGGAGAUGUACCUGAAGAUGUCAAACUCACCAAAGAGGAUGCUCAGCAAGAAGAGAAGGAGAAGGAGGAGAGAGCAGAAGAUGAGAGAGAUGAAGACUCCGAACGUUUGAUUGCCAAGAGGAAGGAGGCAAUGAUUGAGACUGAUCAGAAGAUUGAUGACACCGAGGGAGAUGGACCACCAGAGUUUGUCAGACGCAUGAGGGAUAUGACAGUCAGUGAUGGAGCUCGAGUUGUCCUGGAAGUGCAUAUCACUGGUGCACGUCCAAUGGAUGUUGGCUGGCUCCGUAAUGGUCAAGACAUACCAGACAGCGAUGAGUUCCGUUAUGUCAGCCGAGGUAAUAUUCACCAGCUGGUGAUUGCUGAGAUCUUCCCUGAAGAUUCUGGCAGAUACACCUGUGAAGCGUUGAAUGAUCACGGCGAGGCUGACUGCCAGUGUACACUGAAUGUCACAGAAGAGCCUAGUGUCAGUAUCAGUAUCAACAUGAGUCAAGACAUCACUUCGACGACCACUGACCAUCAAGCCCUCAUGGAUGAUGAGAACAUCCCUCCAGAGUUCUUUGAGGAACCCCAGUCACAGACUGUGGAGGAAGGAGGGAUGGCACGCUUUGUGUGUGAUGUAGACGGAGAACCAGUCCCUACAGUCACAUGGUCUAAAGACGACGUACCAAUCAGAGACGGAGGCCGCUUCCGGGUGUACUCGGACAAAUUCUCCCACACUUUUGAAAUUCCUGUUGCCCUGGCAACGGAUGAGGGAGAAUAUGUGUGUACAGCCACCAAUAAGGAAGGCCAGACAGAAUGCGGAUUUAGUCUGAGAGUUAUUCACGACCAGACACCAGCCGUUACAGACAAACAAGUCAUUGAUGAGGUGAUUGCUCAGUUUGAAGACUCCACAGAUGCUGUGGAUGAACCAGUCCGAUUCUCAGCCGAUUCAGAAGCACCCAUCUUCAUAGAAGAACUAAAAGACCAGGUUGUCACCGAGGAAAGCGGGACAACUUUCCAGUGUCGCGUCACGGGGCAGCCCCUUCCCGACAUCACCUGGUACUUUGAAGACCGACCAAUCAAAUCGUCCAAAUACUUCCAGAUGAGUGAGGAAGACGACCUGUGUAUCCUCAUCAUAGCCGAGGCGUACACAGAGGAUGCUGGGAAAUACAGUUGCCAUGCCAACAAUGAAGCAGGGGAGGCGGUCACGUCGGCCAUGUUGAUGGUGGAAGAACCAGCCCCACCUGCUGACAUGACACCAGCACCUGCAGCUGAACCAGUCAGUCAACAAGCGCCCACUUUUGACAACAAAAUACAAGAUUGUGAAGUACAAGCCAAUAGUGAAGCACGAUUUGAAUGCACUGUCAUUGGAACACCCCCUCCUGAGAGCAAAUGGUUCAAGAAUGGUAAACCGUUGAAGAACGGCAUUCGUCAAAAGGUCUCUCAAGGAGAAGACGGUCUCUGCUCACUCAUCAUCCCGAGAGCACAGAUGGAGGACAGCGGUGACUACGAAUGCAAGGCGGAAAACGCCCAGGGCAGUGCAUCAUGCGCCGCUAAACUCAACGUGAAGACUUCUAAAAAGCUACCCUUCCUGAACAAGUUUCAGCAGGACAAACCAUCGCCUGGCAGUGGGCCGGGAGGCAAGAAGGCCCCCAUAGGUCCAAGCAGAGGGGGUAGCAGUGUCAUGGCAAGAGCUCAGAUGUUUGGCAAGUAAAGAUGGCAACAAUAAGACAUCAACUAUCGAGGCUGGUGAUUUCAGUAGCAAAAAAAGAACAACAGUUUCAGCCAAGUUGUACCACUGAGUAAAAGUCAAGUUUACUUACUGGUUCAACUUUUUCAAAUGUGUUUGGAUCGACAACUUAAAGCAAGUAGUUUGGGAUAGUAACAAAGUAAGGUCAUGCAUAUUUUGUUAUAUCAUAAACCAUCUUCAUUUUAAAACCUCUCAAAAAUUCCAAGCUAUCUCCUCAAAAGUACAGUCACCAGCCUCUUUCUUUAACCACAUCAGCCCUUUAUCUUGCCAAGAAUUCAAUCAAGUCAAUCUUACCGAUUUUAAUAUAAAUUGUUGACAUAAUGUGACAUUAAGUUUGUUCUUUCCGUUCAUUUGAAUGUCCUGUCAAAGUGUACUAUUGAUUCUCUUUGAUAAAAUUUGUUGGUUCUGAAAUUAAGUUUUUGUAUAGUACUGAUAGAUUUAGUACUUUUACAGACAUUAUUUAUUAGCAGUAACGAUAUCUUUUGAAAACUUCUCGGGUAAAUUUGUGCACUGUGCACAAACGUUUUAUAUAUUAACAGUGUACAAUAGAAAAACUAUAUGUUUUAUUAUUCCAACACAUGAAACAAGAUGUAAAUAUUCCUUUUUUUAAAAACCAAACUGACAGAGAGAGAAAAAGUUUAUAUUGUAAAUCAAUGUUAAACUUGUUUAAAUAUGUUCCUUGCAGUAACUUGGAUGUAAAAACAAAAUGUGGUUGGACUUAAACAAUCACUGGUGAAAUUUGCGUCUGUAAAAUUUUGUUCACUGCGGAACUUUUUUUAUAAAAUGAAUGACUUUACUACGCCGCGUUCCCACGACCCGACUUUUCCCGAGGUCAGUGAGAGUAACGCUGGUGUUUUUUUUACAAUGACCAAGGAUUUCCACAGAGAUGUGUGAGAUCCUCCAAAUAAAUGGCCCUCGUUCUUUAAAGGGACUGGAAGGGCCAGAUUAAAUAGUACUUCAAGAGGAGAAGAGGGUGGCGCCCUCUAUCCUCAAAUGGACGACAGUGUUGAUAAUGAAGCUGAGCUUCACUGAAACAUUCCGCUGUCUCCGACUUUUAAAAAACAAAAGACUUUAUAUUGGUGCCUUUUUGAAUGGAUCUUGAUGCACGAGGUAAAACUUGGAAGACGUCAAGAAGAUGAAAUUCACCAAAGAGGGAGGAAAAAAAACUCUUGAGAGAAAAGAAGAUGACAAAACGCAGAAUGUUGGGGCUGCGUGAACCGGGGACGGCUUUGAGGAAAACUAGGAGGCAUUGUGGUGGUGCAUGUCCUUAAAUCCCUCAGCCUUUCCCCCCAAAAUUGUUUACAUUAACUCUUAAUUUUAUUACUUUUGGGAAAUCUUUCCAACUGGAUUAAAACGACUUGUCAGUUCUAUUUUCUAAUUUGAAAUUCUCUUAUCUAUUAUCUCUCAAAGUUUUGUUUGUUGCUGACAACUCAAGUUGACAACUUUGUCUUUUCAUAAAUCUCCCGAUAAUUCAUUGAAUGGAAACAUUUCUCGUCAUUCUGUUUAUGAAGUAUUCAUUAUCAAUUCGAUAGUGUUAUUAUUUCACUUAGUUCGGUUAAACUUAUGUUUCUAUGUACUGCUGUGGUUUUAAAUAAUAAGAACCUCGAUCUGGCCUCCAAAUAUGGAUGUAGAUGACGUCAUAGUCUGGAUCGAAUCGCCUGGUUUCGUGGUGGUAAUCACGUGAUUCUCCAGAUUGUCAUUUGUCAUCUAAGUUGUGGGCGUUAAUAUCUUGAAUGAUUGUGGGGGUCAGAUUUUUCCCUUGCAUCCCUCAGCUUCGUGUUCUCCUGAGUAAUAACCAUACUUAAUUGAUAAUACGAAAUAUUCAAAAACUGACCAGAGUAAUUCUUCCUUUAAAUUUCCAUGUAUUUUCUUGUAUUCUUUGUUAUCUGUUUUGUAUCAGAAAUACAGUUUAAAACUUUAAAACCUGCUCUGUCAUAAAAUGUCAUUUUAGCGUCUAAAGAAAUCUCUAGAAUUUCAAUAGACCUUGAUCAAUUAUUUCUUCUAGGACUUGAUGGAGAGAAAAAAACAUGUCAAACUAAUCAAAUUAACCAAUUUUUGAUAACACGGGAAAAUUAAAUAUACGUCCGGCCCACUUCAAUCGAAUAUCAACCAUAAUUCUUGAACAUUAAAAUCGGUAUGAAUGCUUAUAAAUUAUAUCUUCUAGAACUUACAUGUUGGGAAAAAAACAGUGUCAAACUAAUCAGAUUAACCAAUUGUUGGUAACGCGGGAAAUUUAAAUCCACAUCGGGCUCACAUCAAUUGAAUAUCAAAUAUGAUUCUUGGACAUAAAAAUCGAAGUACGAAUGUUUACUCUGGUCAGUUCUUGAAUGUUAAAUAAAUAAAAUGUUCUGUAAUUCAGACCCUGGUUUGUACCGUUUUUGGCACUUGCACAUGCGUUUUACCGUGUUGAGUAUACUUACUUAUAGAUGUGUUCUUGGCUGAUAAUAAUUUUUGAACCCGAAUCACUAUUUCAUGGUUGGAUUUGAAUGGUGAAAUUAACUAAAAGCAAAUCAAUGCAUUGAAAUUAUUGCCCAUAACUUCAAUAAUAUUUCAUUUUAUUUGAUGAUGCAGUAAUUUUGUAGAUUGACAUUUAUUUUUCAAAUUUUAAUGUAUUUAUUAUACAAGGCACGUUUUCGAAUCAGGGUCUAUUAAUGUUUCACUGUUGUUUUGUUGAAGCAUUGCACAUAGAUUUUUUUCUAUUUAUUUAAAUUAUUUAUUUAUUUCUAUUUACAUUUUUCUUAGCCGUACUCCCCUAUAUGUAGUGCACUUCAAUAAACGUGCAAUGCUCAUGAAAAAGAA